UGGUUCACAAUUCCCAUAACGAAACAAAAUAAGCCCCUAUCCAUCCAUCCACAAAGAAGAAAAGAAAAGAGAGUCCUGGUGAGAUUAUGAAUGUGCCAUGGGCAAUGCAUGUUCAAGAUUCCUUCAUGUUUCUCUUCUCUUACAAUAAUUUCCAUUUCACUACUAAGCCCAAUAAUUCAAACUUAGAUUAACUAAUUCUGGCAACAAGCCUAGCUAGCUAGAAACUUCUAUAUAUGCAUCUUUCCUAUAAACUUAAUCAAUAUCCACCUUUAUCAAAAACCACCUGUCUCUGUCUCUCGCUCGAUCGAUAGUGGAGGUCACUGUGAAGCGAAAAAGGAUUCCAUUUCUUCCCCUAUAUAAUCAGAUGCUCCCAGGACAGCUAUGUUGUGACUUGAAGAGAGAAAUAUCACUCACACAAGAGGAAAAGAAGUAUUCUUCCAAGUUUUUCUUAGUUUGCUCUUGACUUCUUAAGCUUACUUUUUCGAUUGGACAGUAUAUUACAAGUACCAAAAAAUGGAUGAGAAAAUGAGUUGGGCGGUCUCGGACGCCGUCGACUUCAAAGGUUUCCCGGCUGACAGAUCAAAAACAGGUGGUUGGGUGCCUGCAGCUUUAAUAUUAGGGAUUGAAAUCUGCGAGAGGCUAUCAACAAUGGGUAUAGCUGUAAACUUGGUCACUUACUUGGGUAGAACCAUGCAUCUUCCGAGUACCACGUCGGCAAAUAUCGUGACUGAUUUUAUGGGGACUUCUUUUCUACUGUGUCUGCUCGGUGGAUUCGUUGCAGAUUCGUUCUUAGGCAGAUACAAGACCAUAGCCAUCUUUACAUUAGUCCAAAUACUGGGUACCGGAAUGCUAGCAUUCUCAACAAAACUGCCUGAACUACGUCCACCACCAUGCGACUAUUAUUCCACGGCCAACAAAAAAUGUACACCGGCGACUGGAUUUCAAAUGGGUAUCCUAUAUCUCUCUUUGUACCUGAUUGCGUUAGGCACCGGAGGUCUAAAAUCGAGUGUAUCGGGAUUUGGAACGGAUCAGUUCGACGAAAAAGAUGAAAAAGAAAAAUCUCAAAUGGCUUUUUUCUUUAAUAGGUUUUUCUUUCUCAUCAGUGUUGGAACAUUGCUAGCAGUGACAGUACUUGUAUACAUACAAGAUGAAGUUGGCAGAAGUUGGGCUUACGGAAUUUGUUCCGUUUCUAUGUUGAUAGCCGUCUUGAUAUUUUUAUCAGGAACUAAAAGAUAUAGAUUCAAGAAAAGCUCUGGAAGCCCUAUUGUUCAUAUUUCUCAAGUCAUUGUUGCUUCUAUCAAGAAAAGAAAGCUUAAUUUACCUUCUACUUUCAACUUAUACGAAGAUUUACCGGAGCAGAAGAGAAUACAGCACACCAAUCAAUUCCGUUGUCUGGACAAAGCUGCGAUUGUUGUUGAGGGAGACUAUGAGAAGAUUGGAUCAUCUACAGUUCUGAAUCCGUGGAAAUUAUGUUCAGUGACUAGAGUAGAGGAAGUGAAAAUGAUGACAAGUCUAUUGCCAAUUUGGGCAACUACUAUUAUAUUUUGGACCACUUAUGCACAAAUGAUAACUUUCUCGGUAGAACAAGCUUCAACAAUGAAGAGAUCUAUUGGAAGUUUUCAAAUUCCUGCUGGUUCGCUUACUGUCUUCUUUGUAGGAGCUAUAUUGAUCACCCUUGCCGUAAAUGAUCGGAUGAUCAUGCCUCUUAUGAAGAAAUGGCGAGGAGACCAAGGCUUUACAAACUUGCAGAGAAUCUCCUUAGGCCUUAUCUUGUCGAUAGCAGGAAUGGCGGUAGCAUCAGUAGUAGAAGUAAAGCGUUUAUCAGUAGCAUCGAAAUCUGUCAACAACACUUCAAAAGAUUUACCAAUUAGCGUUUUCCUUUUGAUCCCACAGUUCUUCUUAGUAGGUUCUGGAGAAGCCUUCAUGUACACUGGCCAGCUCGACUUUUUCAUAACUAAAUCACCAAAAGGAAUGAAAACCAUGAGUACUGGUUUAUUUCUUACAACUCUAUCAUUCGGAUUUUUCAUCAGUAGUUUCUUGGUCUCAGUAGUACAAAAAGUUACUGGAAGUAGUGAUGGGCAUGGAUGGUUAACUGAUGAUAUUAACAAUGGAAGGCUUGACCUCUUCUAUGCACUUCUUGCUGUAUUAAGUUUCGUCAACUUUGGAGCUUAUCUUGUUUGCGCCAUGUGGUUUAAAUCAAAUGAGAGACAGAACAGUGCUUUACAGAUGAGCAGUAUUAUUUCCGGUCAAGGUACUGAAGCUGAUGAAAAAUGUUAAGCUGGAUAAAUGUUAUUGAAUGCAUGCAUUACAUGGUUUAUUCAUCUUUUUUCGUUCUAGUGUAUUUGGGUGUGUUGAAGUGGUAUAAUUCUGAUGUAGAGUAAAAUGCCAAUCAAUAGUGUGUUUCUGUUUGGUCUAUGUUUCUUAGCUGUUCCAAGCUUCCAGGUUCCAGUUAAAGAGAUCUCUAAUGAUUAAAAUAAUAGAAAAUAUUGUCCAUCA